AUGCCUGAAAUUAUCAGCCCGUUAAUAGGCAUCUUGUUGGUCACUCAGACACCCAAAAAUCCCGACGAAGUUGUGUUUCGAUGGCCCCCAACCCCUAUGGUAAGGCCCAGGCUUUCCAGGCCCCAGCCAGACAAGUUUGAGCCAGAUGGGAGCUGGCGCGCAGCCUACUACAACUCUGAAACACCUGGAGGAUAUGAAGCAAGAGGAAAUGACGAAGACGAUAGUGAAGAUGACUACAAGUGGACUCGCCCUGGUAUACAAGUCCCACGACGAGCCUCACUAUCAUUUCCCCAUUCUCCGCCCAGGUCAUCCCGUGGCCCGACACCUCGUCCAUCUAACUACUCUAGCUACCACUCGCAUAAUGCUUCUCCAGCACACAGACACGGCCAGGACCCUGAUAUAUAUUCCAGCAUUCUUGGAUAUCGCCCUAGUCUUCUGGCCAAUAUUCUUAGCCCCAAAGCAGCACUUUGUCAUCAAAAAUUCGAGCUAGUCGUUGACGAGCUCACGUUUCUUGGGCAUCCCGUCUACGCUGGGCCGGAUGGGGGGUGGGGGUGGGAGGAGCUGUACAGGUCAAGAGCUGCGUCGAUAGUCGAACGACUUCCCGGUACCACCGAACGAAAUUUUGGCGAACGAGGAGCACUUGGGUUUGACCGAGGCGGAGAGCAGCCAGGUUCUUAUAUUCCGCGUUCGGGGUCCCUUAUCGAGCGCCCAGGGCUGUUCACUGAACGGCUGGAACUCUCUGAAUUACCUGCAUCUACUAGCAGUUCGUUUGGAGCCCUGCAGACGCCGCGCGCUUCUAAAUCCCACAAUUCCAUCGGCGAGGCAAGAGGGCGUAUGCCGACCCGUCCUCCUUUCGAGUUGCGCAUGAGUUCAGGUGAUACUAUACUAUCCCCAUCUCCCGGAGUUACACCUUCAUCUACGACGCCUAUAUCAGAGCCAUCGUCUGAAUCUUCAACCAUAGCUCAUAUGACCAGCUCUACUCGUAUAUUGCCGCACAUGGCCUCCAAUUCGACAUCGGCAUCGGACGCUGAUAGUGCUCCCCAAUUGACUUCUUUCCAUCUAGUGCUGGUCAUUGAUAAACUUGACCCUCAAUCCGUUUUCCCAAGAGAUUUACACCGGUAUAUGGACGUAUUUUACCAGCAAAUUGCCUUCAAGAUGACUGCUGUAAUGCACUACGAACAAGGCCGCUCGGGAUGGGUAGCCAAGGCCAGCGAACAGCUGAUCUGCCUAAGAGACCAAUGCAUUGUCGAUAGUAGUUCACAUUAUCCUAAUCCAAAUCUCAUCGUUCUGAUUCACGUUUGCCCAGAUGUCCCACUUCAACAAUAUUGUCAACGUGCACUCGACACUUGCCCUCUUGCCGCGGCUAUCAAAACGGUGUACGAAUCCGUCACCAAAGGCGCGGUUGCGCACAUUCAAAUCAACGACGUACCACUGGACAUUCAAUUACCUCCACGGCACGCCGCCAUGCUCGGAGGGGUCGCCAGCACCGGAAUACCCGAAGACGGUGUCGACCCACACGCGGACUUUGACCAGGGUCCGGCCUCGACUGGAGCAGAAGACGAAUUCGAGGAUGAAGUUGGCCGCGCUGAAGACGCUCGGAGGUUCGGGUGGUGGCUCCCUAGAUUGUUACCCUGGAAAGGAUUGCUGCUGCUUGAAGACGCGGGACCAGGUACAGGGGCUGAAAUGAUCGUUCGGAUGAAUUCUGGCAGGAUGAGCAGUACGGGGAACACUAAUGGGAGCGCGGGUGGAGAUGAAGAUGCUUUGGCGGAUGAAGAUAUGUUUAGGAAAUUUUUGACCUUUGUCGAUCCGAAACUGUCACUGUCUGACAUCGCCGAACUCUCGGAGCUUAACCUGAAAGUAGACGUUUAUCCGAUGACACGCCUCUUACUCUACAAUCGCAAGGCACGGAUCGUGGACGUUAUCCCGCCAGGGAUGAAAGUAAUAUAUACUGCUGCGCCUGCCUUCAAGCGUCCCCUCCCAGAACUCAGUGCCGUAUUCUCUCGCCUUUUCUCCACGGCUCCACCUCUCCCUUCGCUCCUCGCCACACUAACGUCAUAUUCCCGACCCUUUUCCUCGCUUGUCCCCUCCAGAGAUCACCGAUCUUUUUAUUUCGAUGUCCUAGUCUGGCUUCUCCGCCACGGUCUCCUCGAAAAACUCCACCUCCGGGUCCGGGUCGUCGCAACAGCCGAAAUCCGGGCCGCCACGCGAGGCGCACUCUCCCGGGAACGUGAAAAUGCCCGACUAGGGAAAGAGGUAGCCCAGGUUGUCGGAAAGAGAGAGAUCAAGAGGAGACGGAGGAAAAGGAGCAAAGCGAGCGACGAGGUCGAAGUGUACUUUGGUACCGCCUCUGGAGACAUGUUCGACCCCUCCUCUCCCGAGUUGAUGCGCCGUCAUGGGAGUCAUAGUUACCGAAGACAAGAGGAAGAAGAAGACUGGAUUGAUGAUGAAGAUGUGGAAGAGGAAGGUAUUCAUGGAGAUGGAGUAGGAAUGAUUGAUGCACUACUGGAAGAGGAUUCGAAUUUGGCUAGUGCUGGGGGUGUUAUCAUAGCCGAACCAGCCGAGGCCACUCAGUUGGAAAUGAGGUGGAUGGAGGCCAUGGUCGAAGGGAAGGACCCAGGGAUAUCUCAAAGGUUCCAUCGUAUUCGGAAAUACUUUGACGGUAAAAUUACUGCGGACGAGAUCUUGUAUAGGGAAGAUAUCACUCGACGAGAAUUUAGGGAGGUUAUUCAUCACUUUGAUACAUAUUUGAUUGUUUUCUUGCAUCCUUAA